UGUCGAGAGUAUCAAACUCAAGCUGUAGGUUACCGUAAACAAAAACUCGAUCGCUGCUGAGGGAUACGAACCAUGUCGGAGCCCCGUAGUCGGAGUGUGACCGCUUGGAAUGUGAAUCAGACCCGAGGCAAGGCCAGUCGCUUGUUCGUGCUUGUGGUGUGCUGGAUCGUCUCGUUCGCGAUCUGGGAGUUGGCCAAGAGCUUUCACGCGACGAGUGUGGCUUCAAUCAACUCCGCUACUAGCACCACUCGCGAGAAGAUCAAACAGCUUAUCGUACGAAAUGAGACGGUGACAAGUACCGUAGCGAAUACGUUGAUCGCGGAGCCGCAGUAUCAUGCAUCGUCACUCGGUCCCAAUGCUUCAAUGCCUACAACCCUGCACAACGAGACAGCCGACGACAAUUUCAGCGACAGUCAGCGCAAUCAGUCGGGUAUACACGCCGUCAUGUUUUCGAAGUACCCAGCUCCUAUUGUGUCUGAGGAUGACAUUCGUCAAGCGCACAUGUUUGUCGAAAACCGAAAGUCCGCGUACAACACGCUCCAACUAGACUAUCGUUGGCAGCUACGUGGCGUAGGAUAUCUGUACACGACGCUGCGUAUGGUAUUAUUGGCAACUUUGGCACCGUCAAAUCCCUUUGUCGGUCGCAAACAGCGCAUUGUGAUCCAAAAUGUCUUCAAUCAGACGUAUACGCAAACAGAAUGUGAAAAGCUGACGCUCUGGGUCCGAGUGAACGGACCCGAGAUCUUUGCAGGAGCCGCCCAGGCUGUACAACCUACGAGUGGGACGAGUUGCUACUGGACUUUCGAGUACGACUUGAAUGUACCAGGAAGCUACAGUGUGGAUGUCAAGGUCUUGUUGUGGAACGGACAAGCCCCGAUCGGAGGUACCCAGGAUGGUCAAUGCGACGCCUCCGAAGGUGCACCGACCAGUAGCACUGUUCAACAGUUUGGUCCUCGCCACGAUGGCUUUCAAGGCUUCAAGAUGUACUCCGUAACGCCCAUGUGUUGCGAAGUUUGUACACGAACUCCCUACUCGCCUCCCCGAACCGUCCAGGUUCAUCAAUGGGUGUGA